AUGAGGCUGCUCUUCCCUGCCCUUGUGCUGGCCCUGCUCGCCGCUGCCCGUGCUGCUGAAGAUUCCUGUGCAGGCCGCUGCGAGGAUGGCUUCGACGCACGGCGUAAGUGCCAGUGUGACACUCUCUGCGUGUACUACCAGAGCUGCUGCAGCGACUACUCCACCGUCUGCAAAGCCAAAGUGACCCGGGGAGACGUGUUUGCCUUGCCGGAGGAUGACUACCUCGACUACAACCUCACCGUCGACCUUGGCACUGUAGCGGGUACCGAGGUGGCCCCCACAGAACUGCCCACGUCCCUGUUGCCGGCGCAGACCACACCAGAGAGCGAGCUGGACCUGGACCCCAAGGAGAUGCUGACGGAGGUGCCUGUACAGGUGGUGCCCACCACACUGGAUGGGCUUGGGGAGCACAACCCCGUGGAGGACCCCGAGGAGCUGUGCAGCAGGAAACCUUUUGAUGCCUUCACUGACCUGAAGAACGGUUCCCUUUAUGCUUUCCGAGGGAAGUACUUCUAUGAGCUGGACGAGAAAAGCGUGCGGCCCGGCUACCCCAAGCUCAUCAGCGACGUCUGGGGCAUCGAGGGCCCCAUCGACGCAGCCUUCACACGCAUCAACUGCCAGGGCAAGACUUACCUGUUCAAGGGCAGUCAGUACUGGCGCUUUGAUGACGGAGCCCUGGACCCCGGGUACCCACGCGACAUCUCUGAGGGCUUUGAAGGCAUCCCGAACGACAUCGACGCGGCCUUCGCCCUCCCUGCGCACAGCUACCAUGGCAAUGAGAGAGUCUAUUUCUUCAAGGACAAGUACUACUGGUCCUACGACUUUGCCCACCAGCCCACGCAGGCUGACUGUGAGAAGUCCUCCCCCUCCGCUGUGUUCAACCACUAUGCCUUCAUGAACCGGGACAGCUGGGAGGACCUCUUCCAUGUCCUCUUUGGUGGCAGGAUGAUCGGGGCGAGCAGCCCACGGUACAUCAGCAAAGACUGGCGGGGGGUGCCCAGCCAGCUGGACGCUGCCAUGGCCGGCAGGAUCUACGUGGCCUCCCAGCAGCCCCGGAGAAGGAAGUCUCGCCGCCAGCGCAAGAGGUACAAGAGCCAUCGGUCACUGAAUUUGGGUUUCUGGGGCUGGCUGCAAAACGACUCCGACUCUGCAGGUGUCGAAAGCGACUGGCUGUCGGGCUCCCAGUGUGAGACCCUCCAGAGCGUCUACUUCUUUGUAGGAGACAAAUACUACCGUGUCAACCUGCGCACCAAGCGCGUGGACCUGGUGCAGCCCCGCUACCCCCGCUCCAUCGCCCAGUACUGGCUGGACUGCCCGCAGCCCGGGGAGGAGAGCACCUGAGAGGGCUCCUCCAGAGCCGCCCAGCGGCACAGACCCUAGCUAGACAGAAAUAAACUGUGAGUGCCGUGCA